UUGAUCUAUUUAGUAUGUCUCAGCCACCUUUCAAAAUUAGGCGAAUGGACUUCGGUGAGAAUGAAGAGCCAUUACGUGAUGAAAGAAUCAUUUCCGUGCUGAAAGAAGAGAUGCAGCUCCUCCGGGACCAGAACCGUCUAUUGAUGGAGAAAGUUGAUGUUAUGGCGGACAAACUCGCCGAAGUAGCCGCUCUCGUUAAAGUGCAGGUGAAGGGAGAGCAGGUGGUCCCAGGGGCAAUAACGUUCCCAAUAAUAACAGAGGAGGAGCUCGAUAUGUUUGAGGAGCUCAUGACCCCUCAGCUAAAAGAUAUCAAACAAGUUUGGAAGCUGCUGGAGAAGGAGCUAUUGUCGAGGUGCCUGAAAAGUGUGUUGGACGAGCAGGUC